CUCUUUUUCCCUCUCUAAAAAAUACCACUGUCUUGUUCUGUAACUUCAAGUUCAAUUUUUUUUUUUUUUAUUUCUAUAAUUCUCUCUAGUCUAAUCGUCUUUAUCCCGUCUGGUCCUUUCUCGUUCCAUUUCUCUCUCUCUCUAGCUCGGGAUUUCGUUUCCUCUCCCUGGAUUUGUCCAGUAUCUUUGGCUGUUUCUGUUUCUCUUUAUGGUUCUGGUUCUGGCUCUCCGUAUUUCUUAAAGAGAACAGAAGCUGAGGGUGCAACGACGAUGAUGUGUGGUUUCUGGAACUUGAAGAAAGAAUAUUGAGCAAACAGAUUGAAGCAUAAGGUGGGAGGUUAUGAAAAUGCAUGAGGAUCAGUGUAGAGUACAUAGCUAUUAUGCAUCAUGAACUUGGUGGCUGUUGCUCCAGUUGCUUGUCUUAAUAACUUAGUUGUUUUCAUCUUUUCCUAAAGGAGCCUUUAGCAUUCUGGAUGAACAGUACAUUAUGAGAAGCUUAAGGCAAUGGGCAGCAGUAUCUGCACCAGGAAAUGAAAGAGAGGCAGCGUUGGACGACUGAAGAGGAUGCUUUGUUACGUGCAUAUGUGGAGCAGUAUGGGCCAAGGGAGUGGAACCUUGUGUCACAGCGCAUGAACACACCCCUAAACAGGGAUGCAAAAUCUUGCUUAGAAAGGUGGAAAAACUACCUCAAACCUGGUAUUAAGAAGGGUUCUCUUACUGAAGAGGAGCAACGUCUUGUCAUUCGUCUUCAAGCCAAACACGGUAACAAGUGGAAGAAAAUUGCAGCUGAAGUCCCAGGUAGAACUGCUAAGAGACUGGGCAAGUGGUGGGAAGUGUUUAAAGAGAAGCAGCAAAGGGAACAAAAGAACAAUAAGACAGUAGAUCCAAUUGAGGGCAAGUACGAUAGAAUUUUAGAGACAUUUGCAGAGAAAUUAGUUAAAGAACGACCUAACUCAGCUCUUGCCAUGGCUACUUCCAAUGGAGGCUUUCUUCAUACUGACCCACCUCCACCUGCCCCAACUCUGCUUCCACCUUGGCUCUCGAAUACCAGUAAUGCUGCUGCUGUCAGGCCACCAUCCCCAUCUGUAACUCUAAGCCUUUCUCCAUCAACUGUAGCAGCUACUCCUCCAAUCCCAUGGCUGCAGCCUGAGAGGCCUCCUGAAAAUAGUCCCCUUGUUUUAGGAAACAUGAUGCCUCAUGGAUCAGUUCCUACUUGUGGUGACAACCUUCUGAUAGCAGAGCUGAUAGAGUGCUGCAAGGAGUUAGAAGAAGGGCACCAUGCUUGGGUUGCACAUAAGAAAGAAGCAUCCUGGAGAUUAAGAAGGGUAGAGUUACAGCUGGAAUCAGAGAAAGCGUGCCGAAGGAGGGAGAAAAUGGAGGAAAUAGAAUCAAAGGUCAAGGCUCUUAAAGAAGAACAGAAGGAAGCUCUUGACAGAAUUGAAGCAGAAUAUAGAGAGCAGUUAGCAGGGCUGAGAAGGGAUGCUGAAUCCAAGGAACAAAAAUUGGCUGAGCAAUGGACUGCAAAACAUCUACGUCUUACCAAGUUUCUUGAACAGAUGGGGUGCAGGUCCAGGAUUCCUGAGCCUAAUGGCCGGUGAGAAUCAUGUUCUCGUAUCUUUUGAUCAUCUGUGCAUUUUCUUCCCAUAUACUAUCAUAGAUCUCUUAUUUUCACCGUCUACUAGUUGCUUGAACUUGACUGAAUGUAAAGUAACAUUAGCUGAACUUGCUCUAUCUUGCAUUCAGCUUUUUAAAUUAUAUCUAGUCCUUUUGGAUUGAGAAGUGUGUGAUAAUUUAACAGGCAAUGGCCUUGGACCUACUUGAUGAGAACGCUGCCCAUGCACUGAGGCAUAAUGCUAAUAAAAGUAGAAGCAAAAU